UUGAACUAAUUACAAUCAUCUAAAUAUGAUUUACACCCAUAGAUUACAAUAGAUUUUGAAAAAUACCCCGUCAGGUCUCUGUACAGUAGGAGCAACUUACAGAUACAGAUACAGUAGGAGCAACUUACCAGUACAGAAAAAUUACAAUAGAUCCUUUGUAAUCCUUUGUAAUACCCCGUCAGAUACAGAUACAGUAGGAGCAACUUACCAGUACAGAAAAAUGACCAUGAACAUUGUAAGCAGAUCCUUCUGAUGAAUUACAACAGAUUUGAACUAAAAAUAUGAUUUUGAAACAGAUCCUUCUGAUGGAUUACAGUAGUUGUGUUCUAGCUAGGUCAAAAGACCAGUCCGAGGAGAGGGCAUGCACUUGGGUCAUGCAUGGUAAAACUUUCAGCAUCAGUUGUAAGAAUUAAUUAGUAAAGAUUAAUUGCAACGUAAUACGUAGCAUAGGCGGCGGCGACGUACCCAUGAGGCUGACCAUUUCGAAGUUGUUGAGGCCCUUCCGUGCGAAUAGGUCGAUAGCGGUGGGGAUGUCGACGCUGGGGCCCGAAAGAAUGCUCGCCAUUGACGCUUGGGACACCAUGUCGUCCCUCCUCCAGCAGGGCAAGGCUGGCGUGGCGCUGCGCCUGCUCCUCGCCGCCGCGCUCGCCGGCUUCCUCCUCGUCUUCGCCACGCGCACCCUGGUCACGUCGCCUGUCUCGGCAUCGCCCUCGUGCUCGUCGGAGCCGCUGCCGCGGCCCGUGGCGGAGGCGCUGGUGCACUACGCCACGUCCAACACGACACCGCAGCAGACGUCUGAGGAGAUCGGGGUGGCGCUGCGCGUGCUACAGCGUCACGCGCCCUGCAACUUCAUGGUGUUCGGGCUGGGCCUCGACAGCCCCAUGUGGGCGGCGCUGAACCACGGGGGGCGGACCGUGUUCCUGGAGGAGGACGCGGCGUGGAUCGGCAGCUUGCGGGGCAGGCACCCGGCGCUGGAGUCCCACCACGUGGCCUACGACACGGCGCUGGCCGACGCCGACGCGCUGCUGGGGCUCCGCGCCCACCCGGCCUGCAUCGCGCAGCCCGACCGGAGAGGCGAGAGAGGCGAGUGAACCCUAGAGAGAGGCGAGAGCCGCCGCGGCAGCUGCGAGUGAACUCGAAAGGCGAGUGAACCCUAGCGCAGUGGGCGAGCACGGGUCAAGUUGAUGCGCGAAGGAAGUUACCUGUGUUUCAAUUGGGCCUAGCCACGAAGUCAGAUGUGGCUCGCCUCAGCCAGGCCCCCAAGCUGGGCCAGGAUACCAAACAUGGUGUGCUUGUUUCAAAUGGACCUGGCCGUGCGCUGGGCCAGGCAACCAAACAUAUCCCUAGAGACCUCUUAAGAGACAAGAUAUUAAAUAGAGUUGUACAUGCCCUUAGACUUACAUGAAACAAUGAUAUUCCUAUCGUUUUCGUGCGGUUUUAUAAUUGAGACAACUAGUGGACUAACCUAUACCCUAAGUGAUGUAAAUAAGAUAAUAUAAAGUCCAAAAUCAAGAUUGAGCAAGAUUGGCACCACAUCCAAGAUUGACCAAGAUGUGGUUAAUAUGGUAUAUUGAGCCAAUGAUGUCCUAACCGAAUGAAUUUGCAGCAAACAAAUGAGAAGCAAAAAUUGAGAUACUAGGAUAUAUGGGUGAAACAUUUAAAGAAAACAUUAGAAGAGAGAAAAUCCAGUUGCCUUCUAUGUUUUAUUUUAUUCUAUAUAAAAAAGUAGUCUUAAAAACAAGACCAUGGAACUUCUCAUUGGAGCUGGCCUCGCUGUGGGAUGAAGCACGGCUAAAGUACACCAAGUUGUGACAAGCCAAACAGAGAUUUUACUGAUUCCUUAACAGUUGCAACAAAUGGAUUUGAUGAAUAAUGACACAUCAUUUCCUUUAAAAAAAUAAUGCUGGCCUUUUCACAUUCACAUAUAUUAACCAUAAAAUGGUUAUGCGUAAUCACACAAAGGCACAAAUUGUAAAUAACAUAUAUUGUUACCCCAGAAGAUAAAUUCAUUGCGAGGGUCACAACUUGUAACAAAUAAAAAGAAAACUAACGUCCCUUUGAUUUAUGAUGAUUAAGUAUCUAACAUGAUACCUAAAGAUAGAACAAUUAUCUCUGCCAAAAUGCAUUAAAAGAAAAGAAACUACCACGAUGAUCCUAAAAUAAAGUCGUGGUAAGUAAUCAUAAUAAACAGAUUUGCACAUACCACGACCUUUAGAAAGUAAUUAGAUUUCCACCAAUACUUCGGUAAAACCUAAUUACUGCACAUUUGCUGUUUCUGGACCU